AUGAGUAUCUUUAAGUCAUUCAAAAAACAAUCCAAACCUAAUAACACACUUACAACUCCUAUUCACAAAAAUGAAUUUUAUAUCUUAUUUAAUAAACAUUUUACAAGUUAUUUAUCAACACAUCACAUUUCUGAGUUAGAAAAAUGUAUUGAAAUAUUUUUUAAAAUUCCAAGUGAAAAAAUACGUGAUUUACCAAUGGUUUCUACUUUCUCUAAUACAUUGGUUAAUAUUUUUAUUAAUGCAUUAAAUCCUAUUAAAAUUGACAAAUUAAAUUGGUUAAUAGGUACAAAGAUACAAUCAUUACCAGAUGGACAAGAGUUAUUUAAAUGUCUUCAUGACUUAGCUCAAUUUGGUUCUGGAGAAAUAUUAACAGUAUUUGAUAGAAAUGAAUUUGUUAAUAAAAUUACUGAUUUAUAUUCUUUUUUAAUUCAAAUAGAAAAGAAUGAAUAUUCAGAAUUAUUGUCUUUACUAAUGUCAAUGAUUAUUCUUAUUGUACCUCCUACACCAAAAAAAACUUUACCAUUUGGAUUAUUAGUUUUACGUUUUGAUAAACCUGAUAUUCAAAUUUAUUUACUUCCUGUGUUUCAAACUAUUACUCAUGCUCAUAUGGAUCCAGAAUUAAUUCAAGUAGUUGCAAGGGAAAAAUCAGUACAAAUAUCUGUAAAAGCUCUUGAACAAGCAAAACCAAAUAGUGAUACGUUAAGGCUUAUUGAAUCAUAUCUUUCGUUUGUUAAAAAUACUGCAUUAUUAUCUGAUGCUAUUUUAAAUUGUGUUUCAAACAAUGGAUUUUAUGAAGCAUUAUUAGUACUAUUAAUUGAAUCAGAUAAAGAAUUAAUUACAGGAGUUGAUGGGGUUUUAGAUAUGUUAGCACCUCUAAUGUUCUUUGGAGAUUUUACACCAACAAUUCCAAUUAAUGAUGAAUACAAUAAUAAUACAAGAAUAUUAGCAAAUAGAUAUCCUUAUUUCCUUGUAAGAAAUAAAUAUAUUCCAUUAUUUUUACAAAAUUAUUUAUUAAAAACAAAUCGUGAAGAAGGAAAAUUACAUACUAUGAAAAUAAUUGAAAGAAUCUAUCGUGAAAAUCCAAUGAAUUAUUUAGUUUUACAUUCUAUUAAUUAUACACCUAAAUUAUAUUUAAUAUUUGAUCAAGUAUCUCAACCAGUAAGAGAUGUUAUGCUUUCUUUAUGUGUGUAUUUGUCUCGUUGUCAAAAAUUUGUACCAUAUAAAGAAAUUGAAGUUAUUACAACUCAUUUAACAAUUGAUAAAAUUAAUAAACAUCCUGAAUUAGUUAGUGCAUUUGAUUAUUUAACAAAUCAAUUACUUAUAGAUAGUAAAGGAUAUCAAAAAAUAUUUGAACAAACGGGAAUGACUAUUAACGCAAUUACUGUUUUUAUUUAUUUCGCUACUCAUUCAAAUGAAAUAAACCAAAGUUUUGUUUUACAAGGAAUGAUUACUUUAAUUACUCGAUUAAUGAAUCAUUCUGUUAGUAAUUUUACAUUAUUUAAAGAAACUACUGCUAUGACAGCUGCAUUAUCAUUGUUUAAACAAAAUAUUAAUUUAAGAAGGGAUUUAACAAAGUUAUUUACAGCUGUUAUUGAAUAUUAUGACCCAAUUCAAACUACUGAUUUAUUAAAGAAAAUGAUUGAGCCACUUGAAACAGAUCCAUCUCCAAUUAUUUUAUUAAAAUGUGUUUGUGCAAUGUUAUAUAGAAGUUCUGUAGUAAAAGAAUCAUUUAGACAAUUGGGAGGAUUUGAAUUUUAUAAAAGAUUAUAUAAAUAUUGGAAUUGGUCACUUGAAAGUAUUCCAAUAAAUGGAGUAACUGAAGACCGUUAUUCAUUUAUUGAAUAUUGUUUUGUUGCUAUGAUUUAUGCUAUGAAAGGAAGUAAAGAUAAUAGAAAACAUUUUGAUGAAACAUUUAAAAAUGGAGAAUUAAUUCAGUUUAUUCAAAACUCUCCAUUUUUAAAUGAAGAGAAUAAGUGUAAAUAUUCAGAAAGAAUGACAUGUUUAUUAAUUGCAAUAAUCUUUGAAAUUCCUGAUAUUGAUAAAGUUCAAAAUCUUGGAGUAUUUACAAAACCUGUUGGAGGAGUAUUAGUUUAUCAUCCAUUUGUUCUUCACUCAUUAAUUAGAUUAAUACAUUUUGCUUUAAAUGUUAAACAACAACAGCUUGUUCUUAAAUUUUUAACCUUAACAUCAAAAGAAGAUAUUAAUGUUAGAAAAAUGUCAUUUGAACAUAUUACUACAACAUUGAUUAAAGAAUUUAAAGAGGAUAUUACAAAAGAAUCACCUUUACAUAGUACAUUAUUAGAAUUAUUAACUGAAUUAAUUGCAUAUGGUGUAGAACUAGAAGAUGUUUCUGUGUUUAUGAAAUCAUUAAAAAGACAACCUUGUGAUGAAGGUGUACUAAGUUGUUUAUUAAACUCAACAAUCAAGGCAGAUAGGAAUGGGGCAUUAAGUUUUAACACAGCACCAAAUGGGUAUUCUUGUUUAUCUAUUCCAGUUGAUACAACACUAUUUCCAUUACAACAAUGGAGUAUUUCAACAUGGGUAAAUUUACCACCAGUUGUUAGUGAACUAUCUUUAUUUCAAAUUUAUCAAACCAUAAAUGGAACAGAACAAAAUUUUAUGCAAUUAAUUGUGAAUCCAAGUGGGUUAAGAGUUACGUAUGGAUCAAAGGUGGUAUUUGAUAAUAUGCCAUUACCAAGAAAAUGGAAUCAUAUUGUUUUAGUAGGAAAAGGAAAGAAAAUUACAUUAUAUAUUAAUGGAUUAUUAAAAUCAACAGCUAAAUUAAUAAAUUAUAAUCCAACACCAUACCGUUGCGUUAUUGGACAUUCAAAAGAAAAUAAAGUAAUUCCAAAUUCAGUUUUUAAGAUAGGACCAUUGAAAUUGUUAGAAUAUCCAUUUUCUGACCAACAAAUUAGAGAAUUGUAUUUAUUAGGAGAAAUGUACCAAGGAAGUUUCCAAACGAUUGAUUAUUCAAGAUAUGAAGUCUUACCAAAUUAUGAUUCAAAUGAUGUCAAUGUAAUUCAAAGCUUUACUGAUAUUAAGUCAUUAACAUAUUCAACAUUUAAUUUAAAUAUUCCAGAACAAUCUAUUAUUAUUAAUACAGAUCGUAUAUUAACUCCUUAUGCUUUAAAUUCAUGUGUUGCAUUUGGAACAGUAAAUUUAGCAUCUCCUCAUGAUAUUACAGAUGGAAUUUAUAAAGUGGGGGGAAUUGCAUUAUUAUUGGCAUUAAUAUUAAAAUCAGAUACAAAAAUAAAAUUUGAUUUAUCAUUAAAAUUACUUCUUCAUUCAUUAAGAAAGUCAGAAGAUCUUUUUGAAGAAAUGAAACAAUAUCAUGGUUUUGAUUUAUUAAACCUUUUUAUUUAUCGAAAACCUUCUUUAGUUACAACAGAAUCUAUUAUGACAUUAUUGCUACUUUCUGGUGUUGAUCCUACAAAGAAAGAUUCUGCUGUAAUUUCUUCACCAGAUGUAUUUGAUAUAUUAAUAUUAGACUUUUCAUUAUUUCAUAGAAUGGAAGAUCCACAAACAACAUUUUUAUUUAUUCUUCAAUCAUUUGUUUCAUUAAUUUAUAACAAUAAAUAUGCACAAACUAAUAUUAAUAUUUUACGUUCUUUACAUUUCUUAUCUAGGUUAAUUGAUUUAUUCCAAGAUGAUACUAUUGAUGAUGGGGUUAUUCAAAUUAUUAUCAACUUGUUACAAUAUUUCUUACUUCAUAGUUGUACUGGUGAUGAUUUAAAGUUAUUAGUUAGGUUAUUAAUUCAUUUUAUUUCUAUAAUGGAUGACAAACAAUCAACUUCACUUCUAAUUCAAAAAUCAGAAUUAAGGUGCAUUUCUUUAAUAAAAUUAAUCAAUUUCUUAUCAACUAAUUUGAAAGAUAAAACAACGUUAUUAUCAAUAUUUACACCAAGUAUUUUAUUUCAUAUGUUAUCACUUCAGUCAUUACCAAUAAAUAUUGUUAUUGCUGUUAUGAAAUUAUGUGCAUCAUUCAUGGCUGUUGGUUCUCAAACAAAACAACUUUUUGUAAAUCAAUUUAAUAAAGAAAAAGGAAUUGUAUUCAUUAACUUUCAAUUACCACAUUGUACUGAAUCAAUAGAUGUUGUUUAUGUGUUAUUAGCUUUAAUUACAUGUCAAGUUGUUCCUGAUAUUGUUUCUGAUUCAUUCGAACAAUAUAAAAAAAUGCCAUUUUCAUCAGUUUCAAUACAAUCACCAGAGUAUAUAUCAUCAUUAUUGAAAUUACUUAGAUUUCAAAUUGUUCAGUUUCAAGUUGCUACAAGUUCAACGGUUGAUAUAAUGAAUUUAGUUCAAUUUACUGGAAGUGUAAUCAGAACAUUAAUGGAACAACAAGAAAUAACUAGUUAUGUAUUUAGUGAAUGUUUAAAUGAUUAUAUAUCAAUAUUAGUUGAUAAAAAUGGUUAUUUCAAAAUGGGUCAUCCACUUGAACCAUUAUUCCAAAGACAUAUUGUUGCUUUAGGAAUGCUUUUGCUUUCCAAAUGGUUCAAAUUGGAAAUAAGAUAUUGUACCACAUGA